AUGACUGCGCUACGGGACCUCAACAACAACCCCAUAGAGGGUAUGACUGUGGAGCCGACGGAGGACAACCUCUUUGAAUGGAAAUGCAUAAUCAAGGCAGCCUCAGAUAGUCCAUAUUCUGGCGGAAAGUUCAAGUUCACCCUUACUCUCCCCGAGACCUUCCCGUUCAAGGCUCCCUCGGUGACAUUUGCGACCAAGGUCUACCACCCUGGGAUCAAUGAUGAGGGCCAUAUCUGUGUUCCCGUUCUCCGUGAUCAGUGGAAACCCACGGUGUCUCUUUUGUCAGUACUGACCAUCAUUCAAGACAAGCUCAACAACCCCAGCCCCGAUGACCCCUUUGAGCCUGAUAUUGCGGCUCUCAUGAAGAACGACGAGGCUAAAUUCCUUGCGACUGCGAAGGAAUGGACCAGGAAGUGA